AUGAUAUUUGGAAGCACUUCCGCAAUAAUAUUCUAUAAAUACACGUUCCAUCGUCAUACACUAAAACGAACUUUACAUCCAGUUUACUAUCAAGCAGCAAACAUGCCUAUCUAUUCAACACUAUUGGUUCGCCUUCUAUCGAUUUCACACUGUUGUUCGCUUGAUUCAAAAAUGUCAACAGGUAAAUAUUAUCAAUCAGAAAGAGAUAAUUUUAAUAAUACAUAUGUCUUAGGACUUCAACGCAACAGAAAUACAAUCAUUCGAAAAUAUGAUUCAGAAAUAAACACUUUUUGUGCAGCUGAUGGUAGUGGCACAGCACACCUUGAUUGGCAACAUUUACGCAUCGAUGCUCAUUCAAAUUAUGCACAAGGUUGUGGCGAACAAUUCACACGAUCAUUAUUGACCUUGGACGAAAUCGACAGUUUACCAUCCAACGCUGUCAUAAAAUCUGCUCAGAUCAAACUAUUUGGNUUCGCCAAUUCAACUUGCAAUACGUUUCUAACGGACAUUCGAAAUAAUAGUGUGUUCUGUGAGCUCGAUUGCAUAAUAUAUACGAAGAACAAUACAAAAUAA